AUGACAGCCACAACCCCCCUAAAAGUAAUAAUAAUCGGCGGCGGCCCCAUCGGCCUCACCCUCGCCCAAAUCCUCACCUCCGCCGGUGUCGACUUCACCAUCCUCGAACGCCGCUCCACCGUCACCCCCGAAGAAGGCGCCGGCAUCGCCAUCGGACCCACCUCCUUCCGCCUCUACGACCAGCUCGGCCUCCUUCCCCAAAUGGAAGCCAUCUCCACCCCCAUCCCCCACAAGCACGUCCUCCAACGCGACGGCAAAGUCUACAACUCGUACGAAUUCCACCUCCGCGCCUGCCACGGCCGCGCAAUGGCCUUCCUUCACCGUCUCGACCUCGUCACCACUUUAUUCAGCACCCUCCCGAAUUCCGCCAAAGCCAAAAUCCACGUCAACAAAUCCCUCUCCGACAUCACCCUCACCCCUGAAGGCGUAACUGUCACCUGCGCCGAUGGCACUUCCUACAACGGCACCCUCGUCAUCGGCGCAGACGGCGUCCACUCCAAAACCCGCAAGAUAAUGAACUCCCUCUCCAACGCCCCAGAGUCCGAAACCCUCCCCUUUGAAACAACCUUUCAAGGCCUCUUCGGUAACUUCCCCCGGCUAUCCCUCCCCGGCUCGGAAAUCGAGCCAGGCCACGACUGGGAGUGCCAUUCCGGCGGUGUGUCUUCCCAGUUCUUCGUCGGGAGGGACAGAGGCUGGUUUAUCAUCUACCGACCUCUCCCUGGCGGUCCUACGAGGGAAAGAAUCGAUUACACGGAUGAGGACAUCAAACAGUUCGCGGAAGAUGUCAAGGACAUGCAUGUGACAAAUACACUGACUUUUGGGGAUGUUUUCAAAAAUGUCAACAAGGCUGGGUUGACACAGCUUCAGGAAGGUGCUGUCAAGAAUAGGAGUUGGAAACGGAUUGGGUUGGUGGGUGAUGCGUGCGAUAAGAUCACGCCGAAUGUUGGGUUGGGGUACAAUAACGGGGUCUUGGACGUGAUUGUGCUUGGGAACUUGCUCAAAAAGUUGAAUGAGAGUGGGGAGGAGAUCACCGAGGAGAAGGUGGGAAAACUGUUCAAGGAGUAUCAGGCUGAGAGGAAGGAGUUUUCAGAAAAAGUGGAUGAUGCGGCCAGAGGGGUCAUCAGAACGGUUACACAUACGGGAUUCAUGAAGUACUUGCUUGAUCGGUGGAUUAACCCGGUCUUGGGGUUGGACAAGCUGUAUGGUAGCAAGGUGAUGGGGCCGUUGAUGGCGAAGCAGCAGGUGUUGGAGUGGUUGGAGGAGAAGAAUGGGAUUGAUGGGAGCAUUCCAUGGGCGCACAAGGGACUGGUUGUCACGAAGGCUUAG